AUGGCGGAGGCUCUGGGGCGCUGGCUCCGGGAGGAGAUGGAGGUGGCGCUCUCCGCCGUCCCCUCCCCGGCCGCGCUCCGCAGGUUCUGCUCCGGCCCCAUGGCCCCCGUUUGGCAUAACAUCACCCGCCACGUCCGGAACUACCGCCUCCAUAUAGCCGAGCCUACAUCUCCCGUCAUGCUCCGCGCCGCCCGUAGCACAUCACUGGAACCCCCACCCCUCCCGAACUACAACUCCCGUGAUGACCCGCGCCGCUUUUCCCGCCCUUUUCCCUGGUUCCCCCCUCUCAGAAUUUUUGGGGUGUCCCCACAGGAACGUGAAGAAGAUUCGGGGAAAUCUGCGCUGGCCGCUGCCAGUCCUCCGAGCCACCAGGGGGAGCUGCACGCGGAGGUGGCGCGGCUCCGGAAGGAGGUGCAGGACCUGGGGACGCCAUUGCGGGCACACAGGAAACGGCGCAGUGCCUCGAGGCUUCGCUGGAGGCGUUGCGAAGCCGGAGGUGGGCGGAGCUUCAGCGAGGGGCGGAGCUUCGGCUGCUGGGGCGGAGCCGAGCCCUGCCGGGCUGCGCAGCAGCCGCCAGGGGGCGCUAAAGGCCAUCCCGCAAAG